AUGAUAGCUCUGCAUGAUAUUCUCGUAGUUCUCGAAAAUGACCUCUACGAAGGUUCUAUAGUCGACGCCCAUUACGGACGUGUCGAGGUAUAUUCCGCGGCCGUUGGGCGCGUAAGGAAUGCUCCCGACUCGAAAAACUCCACUUAUGUUGAAAUAAUCGGCGAGUUUCAAAGGGGUGUCUGCCUGGACAAACGACACGCUGUUCAACGCAGGCCCAGAUGCACGUCGGUUGGAGUUUGCAUAGCGGAGGUAGCCUGUGGUGGUGAGGAUCGGAGUAGUGAAACGAGUGGACACGACAAUGUAAUAUUCCUGAGGUGGCUGGUCGGCUGUGACAAGAACCGACAUGCACUGGCCUACGUGAAUGUCGAGGGAAGAGUAGCUAAUUUGCAUCGUGUGGGUCCCCUCGACCUCCACCACCUUCAUCUUGUGGCCUUGGAUUCGGAUGUUGAGCGAGUUUUGGAGCCCAAUGUUGCAUAUCCUCAAACGGUACGUUUUGCCUAUAAUUUGUGA